UACUAUAGAAGCAUCAUUACGUGCAUACAGUACCGUCACAGUCAAAAGAAAGCUGAUCCAUGAGUCGAAUGGCAGAACUGCAUAAUUUUGAUUUCGCAUUUGAACAUGUUUCGUUGUUGAAUGUAAUAAUCCAGAGGUUAGUCGUGGUGUACACUGUUAUUGUGAACACAUAUUGGUAUAGAUCUACAGAAUUCCGUGAUUUUUUUAUUUGUACAUUUCUGAUGAUUACUUUUUUAAGAUUUAUACAGGCAUGACAAGUGACAGGUGACUAGACCUGUCUGCCAACGACAUGACUGUAAUAGGCGACUAAUGUGGGAACCCAUGCAGAAUUUGUUGUGUCCUCUUAGGCCUAUAGGGGCCAUGAACCCAACUAGAGUAAAUAUGCACCCCUUACAAAUUAAAGACCUUUUAUUGCCUUUCUACUUUACUUUAAAAACAUGCUUUGGCAAUUAAAGCUGACAGUGCAAGUUGAAAAGCUUUCAAUUGGGAUUUUAAAAAAAACACACAAUGUUUCAGUAAUAUUCAGAGUAUUCUGAGAUAUGCCCCUAUGAUUACAGUAUGGUCAUGUCAAUGUAUCUAAGAAAGUGCAAACAACAUUAUAGUUUGUGCUCUGCUUGGAUCCGACCCCUGUAUAAAUGCCAAAACACAUAUGAAAAAGAGGUAAAGGCAAAGAAGGGAAUGUCGAAACCUGGCAAACAUUCUGGAUCCAAGAACAAGAAGCCUGAAGCCAGUGUCUACAUUCCUCCUAUGAGGCAGCAGAAAGAUGAAAAUGUAAAAGAAGAAAUGUUUUGUUUGGAAUUUGAAGACAAAAAUGGAGAAGUUUACAAUUUCACCAUCUACAAGUGUGACAGAGCUGGGACAGUUGCCAGGAGAAUUGGUCAGGAGGCACAGUUACCUCCCUUGUUUGUGGGUGCACUUGAGGAGAGACUACAACAAGAGUUUGAAAAGCAUGCUAGUCAGAACAAUCCUGUUUCCUGAACACAUAUCUGACUGUUACAGCUCUAAGCCUGUCUCCACAGGUUUAAACGUUCUAACAUUCCAAGUUAGAUUACACAAAUAGCCAGGUUUCAAGUAGCCAAGCUCAAGAAGAGAGAGAGACAUCAAUGUUGUCGCAUCAAACGGCCUUGCGGUGUCAGUAGAAGACACAAUUUUGCUAUUUGUUAGCCUUGCCCUAAGUGCAGAGACUGGUUUCUCAAGCAUAUCUGCCAUAGAUUUGUAGACACUAAACUUGUUUCUCCAGCACAUCUGCUGAAGACUGGUGGACACAGAAUUGGUUUCUGCAGCACAUCUGUCCUACAUAGAUGUUUAUACCAGAAGGAUCCCUGUUUUACAGACUGGACAUUUUUCUGUGGCAGUACAAAAGUGAUAUUUUCUCGAGAAUAAAAGGUUUAUUUUCUGUUUUAAAAAAAAAUA